CCCUCCGCACCCCUGCAGCCGCCGCCGGGACCCCCGCGGAGGCUCAGCCCCCCCGGACUCCCCUUGAUUUCGGCGCCCAGGCGUGUGCCCACCAUGCCCGUGGUCGGCGUCCUCCUCUGGGCCACCCUGCUGACUCUGGGCUGGCGGGCUGCCCACCCGAAGGACCACGGCUUGGCCACCCCCAGGGUCCAGCUCUCCUUCAAAGAGCUGAAGGCGACGGGCACAGCACACUUCUUCAACUUCCUCCUCAACUCCAGCGACUACCGCAUCCUGCUGAAGGACGAGGACCAUGACCGCAUGUACGUGGGCAGCAAGGACUAUGUCCUGUCGCUGGACCUGCACGACAUCAACCGCGAGCCCCUCAUCAUCCACUGGCCCGCAUCCCAGCAGAGGAUCGAGGAGUGCAUCCUGUCAGGCAAGAACAGCAAUGGGGAGUGUGGCAACUUCAUCCGCCUGAUCCAGCCCUGGAACCGGACGCACCUCUACGUGUGUGGCACCGGUGCCUACAACCCCAUCUGUGCCUUCGUCAACCGCGGGCGCAAAGCCCAGGGGUUUCCGCCGAGCCAGCCGGGAGGCCGGGAAAGCGGAUCCACCGACAGCCCCCACAGCCCGAGACCAGCACAAAGCAAGGAUUAUAUCUUCUACCUGGAGCCAGACAGGCUGGAGUCAGGCAAGGGGAAGUGUUCCUACGACCCCAAAGUAGACACCGUCUCUGCGUUAAUAAAUGAAGAGCUCUAUGCUGGUGUGUACAUUGACUUCAUGGGCACGGAUGCAGCCAUCUUCCGCACCAUGGGCAAGCAGACGGCCAUGAGGACAGACCAGUACAACUCCCGCUGGCUCAACGACCCAGCCUUUGUUCGUGCCCAGCUCAUCCCUGACAGCAGUGAGAGGAACGAUGACAAGCUCUAUUUCUUCUUCCGAGAGAAGUCAGCUGAUGCCCCGCUGAGCCCUGGGGUCUAUUCCCGCAUCGGGCGCAUCUGCCUGAAUGACGAUGGGGGCCACUGCUGCCUUGUGAACAAGUGGAGCACCUUCUUGAAGGCCCGGCUUGUCUGCUCCGUGCCGGGACCUGAUGGAAUUGAAACGCACUUCGAUGAGCUCCAGGACGUCUUCAUCCAGCAGACUCAGGACACCAAGAACCCUGUUAUCUACGCCGUGUUCUCUGCUUCGGGGUCGGUCUUCAAGGGCUCUGCCGUGUGUGUCUACUCCAUGGCCGACAUUCGCAUGGUCUUCAACGGGCCCUUCGCGCACAAGGAGGGACCCAAUUACCAGUGGAUGCCCUACACAGGCAAAAUGCCCUAUCCCCGUCCAGGCACCUGCCCCGGGGGAACCUUCACCCCAUCCAUGAAGUCGACCAAGGACUACCCUGAUGAAGUGAUCAACUUCAUGCGCUCACACCCGCUGAUGUACCACGCCGUGUACCCCACGCACCGCCAGCCGCUGGUGGUCCGCACCAACGUCAACUACCGCUUCACCACCGUGGCUGUGGACCAGGUGGACGCGGCAGAUGGGCGCUAUGAGGUGCUUUUCCUGGGCACAGAUCGGGGCACUGUGCAGAAGGUCAUCGUGCUCCCCCGGGAUGACAUGGAGACAGAGGAGCUAAUGCUGGAGGAGAUCGAGGUGUUCAAGGUUCCAGCACCCAUCAAGACAAUGACCAUCUCCUCCAAGAGGCAACAGCUGUAUGUGUCCUCGGCCGUAGGCGUGACCCACCUGGCCCUGCACCGCUGCGACGUGUACGGGGAGGCCUGUGCCGACUGCUGCCUGGCACGGGACCCCUACUGCGCCUGGGACGGCAGCGCCUGCACCCGCUACUCUGCCUCCUCUAAGAGGCGGAGCCGGCGGCAGGACGUCAGGCAUGGUAACCCCAUCCGGCAGUGCCGUGGCUACAACUCCAAUGCCAACAAGAACACGGUGGAGGCUGUGCAGUACGGGGUGGAGGGCAGCACUGCCUUCUUGGAGUGCCAGCCCCGCUCGCCCCAGGCCAGUGUCAAGUGGCUGCUGCAGAAGGACAACAGCGACCGGCGGAAAGAGCUGCGGGUGGAGGGCCGGGUGCUGCGGACGGAGCAGGGCUUGCUACUGCGCGCCCUCCAGCUUGGCGACAGCGGCCUCUACUCCUGCACCGCCACCGAGAACAACUUCAAGCACACGGUGACCAAGGUGCAGCUCCGCGUCCUCAGCAGCCGCACUGUCCACGCCGUGCUGGUCCAGGCGGAGACCCCUCCUGGCCUGCCGGGUGUCCCCACUCCCCGCUACCAGGACCUGCUGCAGCUCCUCACCCAGCCCGAAAUGGGACUCCUGGACCAGUACUGCCAGGGCUACUGGCGGCACACGGCUGCCAGCCCCCCGCAGCCACUGGCUGGCCUCAAAGCCAAGGAGCAGCAGGACCAGAAGAAGCCUCGAAACCGCCGAAAUCACCAGCCAGAGACCUAUGGGCAUACAUGAAACCAUCAUCAGGGACUUUGCUAGCACAGUGGUCUAUUUUUCCCCCCUUUUAAUAUUAAAAAUA